ACAGCGGUGAGGACCUGCGGACAGGAAGUGACGCGCCAUAAAAACCACAGAAGAAGUGUGAAACCGCCCGCCCUGCGUGUGACGUCAGCAGCGGAAGAGGGCUGAGAGCGGAUGUUUACGCUGGUCACAUUAAACGCCUAAAACAGAUCACUUUUAACAGCUUCCAGAUGUCUGAGGACGUCUUCGAGAAGUUCCUGGCUCCAGAAGAGCCGUUUCCGCUGCUGUCUCAGAGAGGGAACUUCAGUGAAGAUGCAACUCUGGACGUCAGUGACUUCGGGUGUCAGCUGUCCUCGUGUCACAGAACAGACCCGCUUCACCGCUUCCACAGCAGCAGGUGGCACCUGACCUCCUGCGGCACCAGCGUGGCCAGCUCGGACUGCAGCGAGGAGCUCUUCUCCUCCGUGUCUGUGGGCGAUCAGGACGACUGCUACUCGCUGCUGGACGAGCAGGAGCUGGCCUCCUUUGACCUCUUCCCCGAGGGCAGCGUGUGCAGCGACGUGUCCUCCUCCAUCAGCACUUACUGGGACUGGUCAGACAGUGAGUUUGAGUGGCAGUUAGCAGGCAGUGAUCUCGCCAGCGGCAGCGAUGUGCUGUCAGACAUCAUUCCCAGCGUGCCCAGCUCACCCUGCCUCCUGUCCAGAAGAAGAAACAAACCGCACCGAAACCUGGACGAGCUGCCCUGGAGCGCCAUGACCAACGACGAGCAGGUGGAAUAUAUUGAAUAUUUGAGUCGAAAAGUGAGCACAGAGAUGGGACUUCGAGAGCAGCUUGACAUCAUAAAAAUAAUCGACCCGAGCGCACAGAUUCUUCCGACAGACAGCGAGUUCAUCAUCGAGCUGAACUGCCUCACAGACGAGAAGCUCAAGCAGGUGCGGAGCUACAUCCGUGAGCACAGUCGGCGGCAGCAGCGCAGCGUGAAGAGGAGCCUGGCGAGCAGCGUGAGCGCUCACAGCAGCAGUAACACCAGCAUCACCAGCAGCAGCAUCAGCAGCAGCAGCGCCUCCACCGCCUCCAGCAUCAGCCGCGCUCACAGCGACGGCAACCUGGCCUCCGCCGCGGAGAGGAUACGAGACUCCAAGAAACGCUCCAAGCAGAGGAAGCUGCAGCAGAAGGCCUUACGCAAGCGUCAGCUGAAGGAGCAGAGACAGGCUCGUAAGGAGAGACUGAGCGGUCUGUUCCUGAACGAGGAGGUGCUGUCUCUCAGAGUCCCGGAGGAGGAGGAGGACCACUGCGACGACCUGGACGUGCUGAUGUGACCCCAGUGACCCUUCAGUGUUCCUUCUACGCCUCCUCCACACCGCAUUCAUCAGUAGUUAUGAUACUAAUAAAGUCUGUCGCAGUAAAACACGUCUGAAGUCACCCUUCAUCAGUCACACAGUCAGCGGUGAUCUCCAUCACGUUACAGUAAUCCCAGUAAUGAAGUAUUAAAAUACACCUCGUCAAUCUCGGUGCCAGUGACGCUUCACAAUUCUGAGUACAACAGCAAACAUCUGUUAUUAAACAUGAGGAAGUACAUAACCCUAAUUGUAUAUGACACCAAGUUUAAACCGUACUUGGUAUUAACCAUACUCUGGAAAGAGACCAGAGCAUGCGUUUGAGUAAUUAUUUCUCCUCUGUAAGAAUUUGUUAAUAGUCUUUAGUCAAAGGUACUAAAUGAUAGGAAGUAUGAUUUACACGUGAUGAGCGUGAAUCUUUAGAGACUGUUAAAUAUGAAGAGCAUCAAAAUUAAUAUAUUAGAUUUACAUAAAAAACUAAAUGCGUUCAACCCUUGCCCAGAAAACACCUUUUUAUAACAGCACAGUUAAAUUUGCAUUGGACAUAUGCAUUAUACCAUAACAUCUCAAACAACACAAGCUCUGACACACAUUCUUCAGUAGUGACUACGCGCAUUGAAAGGACAAAGAAGAACGUUUAAAAAUGAAUUUCAUCACGUCAUCACUGAUUUUUUUCAUAAACUGUACAUAAAUUAUAGUGUGGUUAUUGUGUGUAGAAGUACAUACAUGUUGAACUCCGGCGUAGAGGGAACACUGACAACUCCGUCGUCUCCAUGCUGUUUCUACUUUACACUGAUUUGAAACUUUUUGACAUUAAAAUUUCAUAUGAAAAUCUUAUAGUGCACAAUAACUUUAAACAUGUUUGUUAACCUGCUAUUACAGAAAUUAUUACUUGUGCUCUCCUAGGCAGAUUGGAGAAAGUAAUAUUUUAUUGUGAUUAUGUUUAUGUAAUAUGUGUUUUAGAAUGGAAGCGAUGGGAUGCUUUACUGUAAAAAUUACUCAUUCAGUUAUUACAUCUUGUCUUUUGUUUGGGUCAGAACUUGCUUGCUUAGUGUUUUGUUUUUUUUAAAUUUUAAAUCUUUCUUUGUAAAUUUAAGCUUCAUUUUAUUGAAAAUGUGCAAUUCAAGCAAUGAUUUCCACCCAAAAAAAUAUUUAGCUGAAAUGUGUCUAAAGAACAUAUUUUUAUUUCUUACAUCAUUCUAAGACAUCUACUUAGAUAUUUUAAUCCAGACAUAAAUGUAAAUGUAUAAGGUGAAGUUAGUUAACUGCUUUGCUGAAAUGUCUGAAUAUUCUUAAUUUUAACAGAAUAAAAUUAAAUUAUGACGA